ACCUUUGUUGAAAGUUCUGCCGCUUCGAUGUAUCGCAGCGUCGAAUCGUUGCUGCCGAUGCGCGCCAUGGCUUUUCCGAUGCUGGGGCGGCUAGUGGCGCCGGGGCGAGCGCGUCCCUCUGUGUGCCGUUUCGGAAGAAGCCUCAGGGCUUUCAGUGGUGAUUCAAAAGAGAUUAAAGAGAUGAAGAUCCCGCAGUAUUUGAACUCCUGGGUGGAGCCGGAGGCGCUGUGGGAAUUCAACGACACCAUGGAGCGCACCAACGCUGCGAAGCAAGCGGACGCUGAGAUUGGAGAGCUGGGCGAUCGCAACAAAGCCUGGCAGAAAGAGACCCUGAAGCAGGACCCAGAGUUUUUCAAACGUAUUGGGCAGGGCCAAGCACCGAAGUAUUUGUGGAUUGGAUGCGCCGACAGCCGCGUGGCCGCGGAGAAUUUGAUCGGCGGGAAUCCGGGAGAGUUGUUCACCCAUCGUAACAUCGCCAACAUGGUCGUGGCCACUGAUACGAACCUCCGAUCUGUACUGCAAUAUGCUGUAGAUGUGCUUCAAGUUCGACACAUCAUCGUCUGUGGCCACUAUGAUUGUGGUGGUGUGAAGGCGGCCUGCUCUGUGAAGGAUCACGCCCUGCCUUUGGAGAGCUGGCUCUCAGGGAUCCGAGAUGUCUACCGCCUGCAUCGAGAAGAGCUGGACGCCAUCGACUGUCCAGAUGAGCGACAUAAGAGGAUGGUUGAGCUGAAUGUCAUUGAGCAGUGCCUCAACCUUUUCAAGACCAGUGACAUCCAAAGACGCCGACGCUACACGGCAUCGCGCAUCGAAGAGUUUGGAUGUGCGCUGCCGCGAGUGCACGCCAUGGUUUUCUCUCCGGCGGAUGGAAUUCUGCGACGGCUGAACGUGGACUACAAAAAACACUUGGGCGAUUCCAUUGACGUCUACCACCUGUAUGAUGACCCAUUAUUGGAUGCAGCUGAAUUGGACGAAGUGAUUUAAAACUUUGCUUUUCGAAGCUGGUUCUGAACCGGCUACCAGCGCCUGGGGUCAAGAUAGGGGAGAUAAUUCACGAGACUCUUGCAGCCUACUUC